AUGGACAAAAUCAGAGGAUACAUCUCAUCCCUUAGUGAACUAUUUCAACAAUUAAUAUUAGAAAGGAAAAAUCCACCUGAUGAUCUGCUAUUAAAUACAAAAACAAAAGGCCAAUAUUUAGCUGCUUCUUUCAAAUAUGCACCAGAGCUAGCAACAAACGAGCAAGUAUUAGAAAUCCUUGGAUUGUAUGCAGCACCAUCAAUUGGUGAGCAUUCAUUGAUAUUUCCAACAACGUCAAAAUUAGUCGAACUAUGUUUAAAGAAUUUAUCAUCAACGACUCUAAUAGAUAUGUGGAAUAAGACAAAUGAUAUAGGAUUAUGUUCAUUCAUCAUUAAUUCAACCGAAAUUCCCCCAGAUUUACUAUUCGGGAAAAUUAUUUCGUGGAUUGAUGAGCCAUCAAAUGACACAACGUUCUAUGCUCAUUUUGUAAACAUCAUCAAGACUCCUACUGCAUGCGUUGUUCCCAAUUCAGCGGUACUCCAAAUUAUUCCUUUUCUAGUUGAUGCAUCUCCAAUCAGAUCAUCGUUAGCGACACUUGUUCUGAAUUCUUUCUCAGCCAUCAACAAAGAAUCAGCUGAUCUUAUUACGUCAAGUUGGCUCCAAACAGAACACAGGUCAAUCCACGCAGCAAUGAACUGCAGGACAAUUCUUUCAAAAGCUCCAUCAGCCUCACUUAACUACGCUGCUACUUUGUGCCUGGAAUUCCCAGUUUUAUUUUGCAUUUUGCCACCUUCGGUAAAAGGCUACAAAUUCUUGGCAAAACUGACUUUACACCGCGUCCAAUCUCUUUACAAAGAGAGUUACAGACAGUUUCUUGAGAUGUGUGAGAGAUCUGUUCGAAAGAUUUCUGAUGAAGUUUACGAACCUCUUUCCCUGCUUGAUUCAGCAAUGACAGGAGAUUGUUUGGACAUAUACAGACUGUUUCAAACAGAUUUGACGCUGGAUUUCAAAGCGGCAACAGCGAUGUUCGCCAGAUACAGCAACUGGAAAGAUGGAAAGGAGAUUCCGAUAGAGUUGAGAAAAGAAAUGCUAAAGGUUCUCAAUUCUCCAACUGAAUCACACUUUGAAACAAAACCAAGAGAGAUUCCAAUUGAAAAUAUUAUUAGUGCUAGCGAAAAAGUGAAUCAAAAAAGCAUCCUAGCUCUAAGAAAUGCUAUAACCAACCCUAUUAUAUAA